CAUUAUUAUUCAUUACCACUACUUACAUUUAUUAUUCAUAUCGGUAGAUAUACACAGACAGUGGGGAGAGAGAGAGAGAGAGAGAGAGAGAGAGAGAGAGGCUUUGCCAGCACAGUACACAACUGGUUGCGCAGAGCGCUGAACAAGAGUGUACUGUUGUUGUUACUUGCUCACUCACUCACUCACAAUGGGGGUUUUGGAUCACAUCUCAGACAUGUUCGACUGCUCAAGUGGCCAUUCCAAGCCCAAGAAACGCAAGCAACUCCAGACUGUGGAGAUAAAGAUAAAAAUAGACUGUGAAGGAUGCGAGAGGAAGGUGCGGAGAUCUGUGGAGGGAAUGAAAGGGGUGAGCUCGGUGGAGGUGUCGCCUAAGCAAAACAAGCUGACGGUGGUUGGGUAUGUGGAGGCGGAGAAGGUGGUGGCGCGUGUGGCGCACCGCACUGGAAAGAAGGCUGAGCUGUGGCCAUAUGUCCCGUACGACGUGGUGGAGCACCCUUAUGCACCUGGUGUCUACGACAAAAAAGCCCCCGCGGGAUACGUCCGCCGCAGCAGCAACACUUCCGAGGGCUUUUCGCAGCUUUCUAGGGCCACCUCCACCGAAGUCCGCUACACAACUGCUUUCAGCGAUGAGAAUCCUGCCGCGUGCGUGCUCAUGUGAUCUUCAAUCUCAGAUGAAUGAAUUCUCGGUUAGUUACAUCAAUCAUCAUGCAUAUCAUAACAUACCUUGUUCAUGCUGUUUGCUUUGGUUAGGUUAGAUUAGAUUAGGUUAUGUUAUGCUCUCUAUUUAUGUUUUUUGUCUCUCUUUCUGAAUAUGAUUUCGUUUGCUUUUUGAUAUGAUUCUAUGAUAUGAUGUCUUCAUCAUCACAUUUGCGUGUAGUGUCUUAAUUGGUUGAAGAUGAACAAAACAUCCUUCCUUGUGUUCCAUUGUUCAAUCA